AUGAAUUUUAGGAGGAUUUUCCUAGUCAAGUGCUUGCUGCUUUUAUUUCCCAGUGUAAAAUGCUCUGACAGCAAAUGGAUUUACAUGGCCGUGAAUGAGUCGGCUCUUCUCAGCAUCACUGCUGCUGGGAGCAUCUAUGAUGCAACGUGGCUGAGAAACAGAACAAGGCUGCUUCAGAUAAAAGAUAGGAAAGUUAAGUACUACGUGAACAAGGACCAGUGCCGGUGUAAGAUACUCCUGAAUGGGACUCUGCAAAUAGAAAGGCUGGUGAAAGAAGACAGUGGACAGUACACGGUGAUUGUUUAUCAGCAGGAUGGAAAAUUGAUGACAGAAGCAGAUACAAUGUUGAUCGUUCAGGAGCCUGUCCCUCAGCCAAUCCUCAGUGCUGAAUGCCUGAAUAAAACUCUGUCUGUCAAGUGUGAAUUGAAACAGAAGGCUAAAAAUGAAACAUUUCUAAUGGAACUAACUCAAGAUAAAAGCAAAAAAAUCCAAAAGAAUGCGUCAAGGUUGGAAUUGCACACACGGUAUUCUGGGACAUUCACAUGUGUUGUUAAGAACCAAGUCAGCAAAAAAAUGGCUGAAAAAGUAAUUAAGUGCUCAGGCCAGCUGGACCUUUAUCUCAUCUCAGGCAUAGCAGGAGGUGCAAUCUUCCUAGUCAUCUUCGCGAUUUUGCUUAUUUAUUGUAUCAGGAAGAAGAAAGCAGAAAGGCUUGAAGGUGAUGAUGAGGAGCAGAUGAUGCAGACUUGCCAGCAGGACAACGAAAUGGUGGUGCGGGAGCUCCCUCAGCCACCGUGCAAUCCCACCUCAAAGCAGCUGCGUGUGCAGCAGCGGCCACUGCCACAGCCCCAGGGCCAGCAACAACCACUGCCCCCACGGCCCAGGCCCCGCACUCAGCAGCGGACUCCAAAUCACCCGAGAGAAAGACCUUGA